AUGACUAAUAGUCGUCUAUUGGUAUCUGAAACCGAUGAUAUUGGAUUAUUAAUUGGAGAAGUUACAGCACUGGAUCCUGAUCUUGGAUUAAAUGGUGAACUGAAUUAUUCUAUUCACUGGCCUCCAGGUCAAGGACCGAAUCCUUUUGAAGUUAAUGAAAAAGGUGAACUGAUAACUCGUAUGCCACUGGAUAGAGAAAAUCAACCCGAAGGUUAUCAUUUUAUUGUAAAUGCAUAUGAUAAUGGUGAACCACGAUUAUCUGGAUCAACACAUGUAGAAAUUGCUUUAAUUGAUAUUAAUGAUUGUCAUCCAAUAUUUACACAAGUCAAUUAUCAUUUUUCAUUAGAUGAAGAAUUAGAAAUGAAUUAUACAAUAGAAUCAUAUGUAAUUGGUCAAGUGAAAGCAACUGAUUGUGAUAUUGGUUUGAAUGCUCAAUUAAUCUAUUCACUUGAUACUACUAUAAAUUAUAAAAUGGAUCAUCCAUUUCAAGUAACAAAAGAUGGUUAUGUAAAAACAACAAAAAGUAUUGAUCGUGAAACACAUCCAGCCUUUUUACUUCAAGUUCUAGCUACUGACAAUCCACAAACACCGGAAAAGCAACUUACAGCUACAGCACAAGUUCAUGUGACCAUCUUAGAUAUUAAUGAUAAUGAACCAAUAUUUCAAAGACCACCGUUUGAUAAUGGGACUAAUGAGGUGGAAAUAUCAUAUAAUGAUGUCCCAGGUCAUUUAAUAGAAAAAGUUGAAGCAAUCGAUAAAGAUAUUGGUGCAAAUGGAAAAAUUACAUUUUCAUUCAAUCAUAAACAAUCUAUCAAUUCAAUGUUUAUGAUAAGAGAAAAUACUGGAGAAAUAUUCUUACAAAAAGAAUUAUCCAUUAAAGAUAUAGGAACUAUACCAUUGAUCAUAUUGGCUACAGAUAUGGGAUUAAUACCUAAAACAACAACAACAACAAUUUUUAUAAAAAUUUCUGAUAAACCAACUAAUAUAUUCCGUUUGAGUACAAUAAAUCAAUAUGAUUCAUCUAAUGAACAAUUAUCUACAACAUUCUUAACAUAUUUUAACAUGGAUACAAAUAAAUUUAUCAUUAUUUGUAUUAUAUUAAUUACUUUUAUUAUAUGUACAGUAUUAAUCUCUGUUAUAUUUACUAUAUCACGUAAUAAUAAUAAUAAUAAUAAUUGUAAUGUAUUUAAUCAUAAACCUACGGUUACAACUAAACCAAUCACUGCAUAUAAUGAGAAUACACAUAGUUAUCAUACUAAUUUAGUAGAAAAAUCUCCACCAGAUAUAAUUAAUGUUACAUUGCCUAGUAAAUCAAUCAAUUAUCCCUUUGAUUGUAUAGAUAUUGUGAAUACAUUUGAACAAAAUAAUAAUAAUAAUAAUUAUUUACCAACCUUUUAUGAACAAACAACAUCUAUGACACUACCGUAUACAUUUCAUGAAACAGAUUUAAGAUUUUAUGAUCAAUUAAUGCCAACUAAUGAAGAAUUAUUAAAUGGCUAUCAACCAACAGAAAAUAAUAUACAAAUUCAAACAUCACUUAAUCAUUUCAUUGGAAAUGAACAAACUGAACCAUUAAUUCAUAAUCAUAUAAAAUCAUUGAAUGAACCAUCAUAUACUACUAAUAAAUUGAUUACUAAUUAUUAUCCAACUUAUAAAUUGAAUGAUACAUUAUCAAAUUAUAAAAGUACUAAUCCAAUAGAACAUUCUAGAUAUUCUGAUACAAUAAGUAAUUUACCUAUUUCUUUUAUAAAUAAUAAUGAUUCUAUUCAUAAUAUGAAUAAUAAUAAUUUCCCUUCAAUUGUUCAUUCCAAAGAUGAUUCAUUACAAUAUCCUUUCACAUCCAAUCAAUUCACUUAUGGUAAUUUUAAAAUGACCUCACUUCAUUGUAAACAAAUUUAUUAUAUUGUUUUGUUUGUUUGAUUAAAACAAAACAUAAUAAUUUUGCUUCUUUCAAACAAACUGGCAAACAUUUCGAAUCACAACAACAUAUAAAAUUUCUCUUAUUGAACACAUUGAAACUGUUACUUAAACUGGUUACACAUAACCUGUUGUAUUAUUUGUAAUUCAUUAGACAAAAUAAGAACAAAAAAUUGUACUGAGAUACAAUGACCUAUUACAUGAUUG